AUGACGACCCUUACUGACCAUAUAGCGAAAUGUAACCUACGUCUUGAUGAGUACGACACCAAGUUGGAAUGUCAAGAAAAACGAAUUCUUAUGUUAGAAUGUGCAAUCACUGAACUCAAAGAUCGCUUGAACACAAACGCACAAGCUCUCCUCCGUAAUGAAAUAGAAAUUGCAGGCGUUCCAGAAACUCCAAAUGAAAAUCCCGCACAUACAUUCCACGUUAUCUCUCUAAAAUUAGGUAUUCCUAUAGAAGAAUCUGACUUAGAUUUCAUCACCCGCGCGGGCCCCCCGCGGAAGUCCUCUCAAAAUACUGGCUACUCCGAAGACAACUCACAACAGCCAUCUCGACCUCUAAUAGCCCGAUUCUUGAGUCGUAAUAAACGUGAUGAAUUUUUAAAAGUUGGUAAAAUGAAGCAGCGCUCCAUUAACGCUCUAGACAUGGGACUUGGUUCAGCAGCAUCCAAAAAUACGGAUAUCUAUUUCAAUGAACGGCUCACUCAGGAAAACAGACAUUUAUUUCGUGCCGCUCGGCAACAAACAAAGGCAUCUGGUUACAAGUACUGCUGGAUUAAAAACGGAGUGGUUUACAUACGUAAACAAGAAGGGGACCCAGCAAUCGCCAUCAAGAAACCAGAGGAUCUUCACCAGCUGCAUAACUCUCAGACUAACCCGUAA